AUCACCACAUGGACAAAAUGAUGCCUCCACACAUGAACCUAGUUCUGCCAAUACUACAAGGAAUUCAUCUCAAGUUGAAGAGAUCAAUUGGGAAGAAGAAAUUCAGUUUGAUCCAGGUAAAAGGAGAAGCAUAGAUGAGUACCAUCCCAAUCAGAGAGAUAUGGUAAGAAGGAAGUAUUUGGCCAAUGACCCUUGUCAACCUCGUACUGCUGAUUUUGAAGUGACAGAAAUAUGUGGUAAAGAUAGAAGGUUCGUUCGGGAAUGGUUUGAUGAGUUUGGGAGCUGGCUUGAGUAUAGUGAGUCCAAACGAAAAGCAUAUUGUUUUUGUUGUUUCUUGUUUAGACCGCGCAAGAAGAAAGAAGCCGGAUAUGAUGCAUUUGUUGCAAAUGGUUGGUCAAGUUGGAAUAAAAAAUAUAUAUUAAAGGAGCAUGUAGGAGACAUCAAUAGUGCUCACAACCAAGCAAAAAGAGAUUGUGAUGCUUUGCUGAAACAAAAGCAACACAUCUAUGUUGCUCUAAACAACCAAAGUAAUGUUGAGAGGAAUGCUUAUUAUACUCGACUAAAUGCCUCAAUUGAUGUUACUAGAGUGUUACUGAAGCAAGGGUUGCCUUUCCGUGGCCACGAUGAGUCUGACGAGUCUCUCAAUAAAGGUAAUUUCGAGGAAUUUCAUGCUUACACAGCAGAGCAGAAUCCGGAGGUAAGAAAAGUUGUGGCCCAUAAUGCUCCAGGUAAUAAUCAGUUGACUUCUUCAAAGAUUCAGAAGGACAUAGUUGAAUGUUUUGCAAAGGAGAUAUUGCAUUCUGUUCUUCGGGAAAUUGGGAAUGAUGUAUUUUCUUUGCUAGCUGAUGAAUCAAGGGAUGUGGCUGGUAAAGAGCAAAUGGCGGUGGUAUUGCGGUAUGUUGGUAAAUGUGGAAGUGCCAUAGAGACAUUAGUUGGCCUUACUCAUGUGAAGGAGACAACUUCCAAGUAUCUCAAGUCUGCCAUUGAUGAUUUAUUUGCAGAAUAUAAAUUAAGUUUCAAGCAAGUUAGAGGGCAAGGAUAUGACGGUGCGAGCAAUAUGCGAGGUGAGUUUAAUGGCUUACAAUCCUUAAUCAUGAGAGAGAAUAGCACAUCAUAUUAUGUUCACUGUUUUGCCCAUCAGCUUCAGUUAGUUGUUGUGGCUGUUGUUCGGAAGCACAAAUGCAUUGGUAAUUUUUUUGAUAUGAUCUCAGUCUUGUUGAAUGUGGUCUCUGGAUCCUCAAAGAGAAAGGACAUGAUUCAAGACAAACAUAAAGAACAAGUGUGUGAAGCUUUAGGUUGUGGACUGCUAAAAAGUGGGACAGGAUUAAAUCAAGAACUAGCUCUUCAAAGACCUGGAGACACUCGAUGGAGUUCUCACUACAAGACACUUAAGAGUUUGAUUGAUAUGUUCCGUACAGUUGUCAAAGUGCUAGAAUAUGUGGAAGAAGAAGACAGGGAUGACACAAAUAGAAGGCAGGCAUGUGGUCUUCUUGUUUAUUUCCAGUCUUUUGAUUUUGUGUUCUACUUACAGCUUAUGUCCACUAUAUUGAUAAUCACAAACACAUUAUCAUUGGCUCUACAACGGAAGAAUCAGGACAUUGUGAAUGCUAUUAAUUGUGUGAAUUCAACCAAAGCCUCCUUGAAUGAUCUAAGGAGAAAUGGAUGGGAAUCUGUCCUACAUGAAGCGUAUGUCUUUUGUGACAAGCAUGCCAUUUCCAAGUUGCAAAUGGAAGACCAAUAUGUGAAUCCAAAGAAGCCACGGCAAAAAACAGGUAUCACUAAUAGGCAUCAUUAUGAAGUGGAUUGUUUUAAUGAUGUUAUUGAUUGGCUGCUUCAACAACUUGAUAAUCGCUUCAAUGAGAAAAAUUCUGAACUACUUGUUUGCUCAGCGGCUUUGAGCCCAAAUGAAUCAUUUCAUGAUUUCAACUUAGAACAUUUGAUGAGUCUAGCUAAACUUUAUCCAAAAGAUUUUGAUGAUGGAGAACUCAGGGACCUUAGGCAUCACCUUCAUCUUUACAUUGCUGAUGUCCGAGCAGAUGAUCGCUUCUCUGGAUUAAGUAAUAUUUGUGAGCUCUCUCAAAAAAUGGUGGAGACAAGAAAACAUAUUGUCUAUCCCUUGGUUUACCGACUUUUGAAGCUAGCACUAGUAUUGCCUGUUGCCACUGCUACAGUUGAGAGAUCUUUUUCAGCUAUGAGAAUUGUGAAGACAUAUUUGCGCAAUCGUCUUGGUGACGACACCUUGAAGUACGAACUUAUUUGUUAUGUGGAGAAAAGCGAAAUGAGGAAGGUUACUAAUGAUGCGGCAAUCAGGAUCUAG